AACUACAUUUCCCAUGAUGUCCCACACAGGAAGGAAGUGAUCUCAGACACCUUCCCGUCAUUGCUUAUAGACCGGAAGCCGGGACCUUAGUUCUCUUUCCCAUCUUGCAAGAUGGCGGGUGAAAAGGGCGGAAAGCCUGACACAAAAGAGAAGAAACCUGCGGCCAAGAAGGCUGGCGGUGAUGCCCCUGCCGCCGGUGCCGCCAAAAAGGGUAAAACCAAGGUUAAAAAGACCAGGAAGGGGAAGCCCCACUGCAGCCGGAACCCUGUCCUGGUUAGAGGAAUCGGCAGGUACUCCCGAUCUGCUAUGUAUUCCAGAAAGGCCUUGUACAAAAGAAAGUACUCAGCUGCCAAAACCAAGGUUGAAAAGAAGAAGAAAAAGGAGAAGGUCCUUGCUACUGUCACAAAGCCGGUUGGUGGUGACAAGAACGGCGGUACCCGGGUGGUGAAGCUUCGAAAAAUGCCCAGGUAUUAUCCUACCGAAGAUGUGCCUCGGAAGCUGCUGAGCCAUGGCAAAAAGCCCUUCAGUCAGCACGUGAGAAGGCUUCGGGCCAGCAUCACUCCUGGGACCGUCCUGAUCAUCCUUACCGGGCGCCACAGGGGCAAGAGAGUGGUUUUCCUGAAGCAGCUGGCCAGCGGCUUGCUACUUGUGACUGGACCUCUUGCCCUCAACAGAGUUCCUCUGCGAAGAACACACCAGAAAUUUGUCAUUGCCACGUCCACAAAAGUUGACAUCAGCAAAGUUAAAAUCCCCAAACACCUGACUGACACUUACUUCAAGAAGAAGCAGCUGCGCAAGCCCAGACACCAGGAGGGGGAGAUCUUCGACACUGAGAAGGAGAAAUACGAGAUUACAGAGCAGCGAAAGGCUGAUCAGAAAGCUGUGGACUCGCAGAUUUUGCCAAAGAUCAAAGCUGUUCCUCAGCUCCAGGGCUACCUGCGAUCUCAGUUCUCUCUGACGAACGGGAUGUAUCCUCACAAACUGGUUUUCUAAACUGCUAACAACCUAAUUAAACAACUUCAUGUUUC